AGGGGUCUCUUUUCUCAGGUGCUGGAGCAGGAUGUGGUCCUGCAGUCCAUUGACCGUGCCAUCGAGGCUGUGCACAACGCGGCCAUGAAGAACGGGGGCAAGUACAACCUGGAGCAGAGAGACGUCCUGCAAAAACUGAUCCACCACCGCAAGGAGACCGUGUCCCGCAAGAGCCACUCGCCGACGCCGCAGGGCAUGGUCAUGAGCCAGUCCUCCAGCGACCACCACCUGGACGUGGCGCGGCAGCCCAACGGCGUGUGCCGCGCCGGCUACGAGCGGCACCACAGCCUGCCCAACACCGAGCUUGAGGAGGAGGAUGAAGGCCUCUAUCAGGUCCCGCCGCAGCCGCGCCGCGCCGCCCCCGUCACGCCGCCGCCGCCGGAGAAGCGCAGGAACGCGCACGUGGCGCCCACCAAAAAUGCCGUUGAAGCGGCCCCCGGCUCGGCGUCCAGCGCCUCCUCGGUGAGCACCACCUCGCUGGACACCUUGUACACGGCGUCCUCGGCGUCGGAGGCGGCACCGAGCCCGGCCGCCGCGCCGCCGCCGGUGCCCAGCCGCAGCGUGCACACCUCCAUCACGCGCAGCCUGGACGCGGGCGCCGCCGGCCGCCGCGGCGGCUCCGCCAGGGACGGCGGCAGCAGGUCUCCGCAGGGCAAGCGCGCGGCGCCGGCGCCGCCCGCCGAGCGGGGACCCGCCAGGGGCGACGACGGCGACAGGGGCACCCAGGUUGUACCGUCCCCCCCGGCUCCCGCCGCGGACCCGGAGCCCUUCGGCGCGCUCUGCGUCGAGGACAAGAAGGCGGCGGCGGAGCCCGCGGCGCCCGAGCCCGGCGCGCUGGCGGCGGCCGUGCCCAAGACCAUCGGGGCCGAGCUCAUCGAGCUGGUGCGCAGGAACACGCACCUCAGCUACGAGCUGUCCCGCGUGGCCAUCGGCGUGGUCAUCGGCCACAUCCAGAGCUCCGUGCCGGCCACCAGCGGCAUCAUGGAGCAGAUCCUCAUCUCCGUGGUGGAGAGCAAGAAUCUGAGCUCGGGGCUGCCCUCGGGGCAGGUCUGCCACGACGAGCAGCGGCUGGAGGUGAUCUUUGCAGAUCUGGCCAGACACAAGGAUGACGCUCAGCAGCGGAGCUGGGCGCUCUAUGAGGAUGAAAACGUCAUCUGCUGUUACCUGGAGGAGCUGCUGCGCAUCCUGACAGAUGCAGACCCAGAAGUUUGCAAGAAAAUGUGCAAGAAGAAUGAAUUUGAAUCAGUUCUGUCCCUUGUGGCAUAUUACCAGAUGGAACACAGGGUGCCGCUGCGCCUGCUGCUGCUGAAGUGCUUUGGAGCAAUGUGCAACCUGGACGCUGCCGUUAUCUCCACGCUGGUGAACUCGGUGCUGCCCAUGGAGCUGGCGCGCGACAUGCAGAGCCACACGCAAGAUCAUCAGAAGAUGUGCUACUCUGCGCUGGUGCUGGCCAUGAUGUUCUGCAUGGGGGAGCCCCUGCCCUACCACCACUACGAGCAUCUCAACUCGCAGUUCGUGCAGUUCCUGCUGGAUGUGAUUGAGGACGGGCUGCCCUCGGACACCACCGACCAGCUGCCUGACUUAUUUGUCAACGUCCUUCUGGCCUUCAACCUCCACAUUCCAGUUCCAGAGCACAGCGUGAUCAUGACCACCAUAAGCAAGCACUGCAACGUGAAGACUUUCACAGAGAAGCUGCUGCUGCUGCUGAACAGGGGAGACGACCCGGUUUGCAUCUUCAAGCACCAGCCGCAGCCGCCGCACUCGGUGCUGAAGUUCCUGCAGGACAUCUUCGCCAGCAAGGACACUGCCAGCAUCUUCUACCACACGGACAUGAUGGUGCUGAUAGACAUCCUGGUGCGGCAGAUCGCCGACCUCUCCCCUGGGGACAAGCUGAGGAUGGAGUACCUGUCUCUGAUGCACGCCAUCAUCCGCUCCACGCCGUACCUGCAGCACCAGCACCGCCUCGCCGACCUGCAGGGCAUCCUGCAGCGCAUCCUCGGAGAGGAGGACGAGGGGCAGCAGUGCCAGAUGGACAAACUGAUCAUCUUGGAAAUGUAUAAAGAGUUUCCAGAGAUCUCUCCGGGUACCAGCUAACUGCUCCUCGCCUCGGACUGGAGCUCCAACCACUUGGAUCGAAGACGUCUCUUGUUGACACCUUCCCCCGUUCCCUCCCAGUACAGCUCAUACCUUAUAUUCCUCCGUGCGAGGCCUAAGGUUCGGACAGGUUUGUGGCCCUUGAGAAACGCCAGCAGCAGGAGGGACAAGGGGUGUCCCUGGGGCUGCUGCGCUGGGGACAUCAGCGCUGGCAGAGCGGGCCUGGGUGCCAGCUCCAUGUUGGCCCUCAGCACCUGGGGCAGGAGGGUGUUUGACCCGCUGGUGCUGGCAGAAGGGCACAGAGCUUGUGAUGAGGGACUGGGCGCUCGGGGGGCUGCCUUUAGCGGCGCCGCUCUCCCGGGGUGCUGGAGCGAGAGGCCUUUGCCUUAGGGUAUCAGUUCUUUUCCAUGUGCAUCUCUCCCUGCCGUGACCAAGUGGCGUCUGCUGGUGCUUGGAAGAAGCUUCCGUAACAUCCGUUUCGUCCGCUGCUGCUCGUGCCGAUGUGCUGCAGCCCGCCGAGGGAGGCAGCUCGCUCGCGGCCGCCUUGCCGGGAGCCGCGCGCCCUCCGCCUCUCGUCCGCCUCGGCCUUAGAGGGCCUCUCGCAGCAGCUGCUGCUUCAGUCCGCUUGCCGUAGUGACGUUUAAAGCCGAGUUUCUCGCCCGGAGCCGGCGCUUCCCGGGCGCUGCAGCCAUGGGGAAGCGGCCGCGGCAUGCGCUGCCCUGCGCGGCGGCACCGGGGCUCGCUCGGCACCGCGGGCAGCGGUGUUGCUGCUCGGCCUCGCCGCCCUUCCCUGCGCGUGGCAGCCUGAGCCUCGUGUCCAGUAGCUCUGUCGUGACAAUGCACGAGUGUGGGGAACCCUUGCUGUCUCUUGUAGGUUUCUAGCAAACAGGACUAACCCGCUUCCUCGUAACCGAUACAGCCCCCAGCUAACGUGCAUCAACUAGCUAUUCCUGUGCGCAGUCCCGUCCCUCGCUGGGCCCGGCUGCUCCCUUGCAGUAUCCUGCGUAGGAGCCAGUGGGAAGUGGAACUGGAAAUGGUGGCACUAGGGCCACGGUGCCCCCAGCUUGAGGGGCGGGCUCCUGAGCCCUGGGCAUGGGGCAGGAAUGGGGGCCUGGCAGCCGGGGGGGGGACACCCCCAGGUGAGCCUGGGAACACCUACAGCUUAAUAACCACCCUCGUAGAGAAACCUAUUUUUUCCCUGUAAAAAUGUAUGAAUGUCAGAAGGGAUCCUGUAUUUUCUUAAAUACUAAGUGUAACCUGCAGAGGAAUAAAAACGUGGUAAACGGGG